CACACUUUCGUCACCACCCGAACCCAUUUCGCUCUCUCGUUCUCUCUAGAUCCCAUCUACAAUGGAGAAGCUCUCUCAGCUCCGCUCUGCAGUGGCUGGUCUUGAUCAGAUCAGCGAGAAUGAGAAAUCCGGAUUCAUUAACCUCGUCUCUCGCUAUCUCAGUGGUGAAGCGCAGCACAUUGAAUGGAGCAAGAUCAAGACUCCUACUGAUGAAGUGGUGGUUCCUUAUGAUACUUUAGCACCCACUCCUGAAGAUUCAGUUGAAACCAAGAAGCUUUUGGACAAACUUGUUGUGUUAAAGCUCAAUGGAGGGUUGGGAACAACAAUGGGUUGUACUGGUCCCAAAUCGGUAAUAGAAGUUCGCAAUGGAUUGACAUUUCUUGAUUUAAUUGUCAUACAGAUUGAGAAUCUCAACAACAAGUAUGGGUGCAAAGUUCCUCUGCUUCUGAUGAAUUCAUUCAACACACAUGAUGAUACGCUGAAGAUUGUACAAAAAUAUGAGAAAUCAAACAUUGAGAUCCAUACUUUUAAUCAGAGCCAGUACCCUCGUGUGGUUGUUGAUGACUUUAGCCCACUGCCGUCCAAAGGAAAUACUGGAAAAGAUGGGUGGUACCCUCCUGGGCAUGGUGAUGUGUUCCCAGCCUUGAUGAACAGUGGCAAGCUUGAAAAAUUAUUGUCACAGGGCAAGGAGUAUGUCUUUGUCGCCAAUUCAGAUAACUUGGGUGCUGUGGUUGACCUGAAAAUCUUAAAUCAUUUGAUCAAAAACAAGAACGAAUACUGUAUGGAGGUGACACCCAAAACCUUGGCUGAUGUGAAGGGUGGUACCCUCAUUUCUUAUGAAGGGAAGGUUCAGCUCCUGGAAAUUGCACAGGUCCCAGAUGAACAUGUCAAUGAAUUCAAGUCAAUAGAGAAGUUCAAAAUUUUCAAUACAAACAAUUUGUGGGUGAACUUGAAUGCAAUUAAGAGGCUUGUGGAAGCUGAUGCACUUAAGAUGGAGAUUAUUCCAAACCCCAAGGAAGUGGAUGGUAUCAAAGUUCUUCAGUUGGAAACCGCGGCUGGUGCAGCAAUUAGGUUCUUCGAUAAUGCUAUUGGUAUCAAUGUUCCCCGCUCCCGUUUUCUUCCUGUGAAGGCAACUUCGGAUUUGCUUCUUGUCCAGUCUGAUCUUUACACCUUAUCUGAUGGAUUUGUUGUCCGAAACAAAGCUAGAAAGAAUCCUGAAAAUCCUGUUAUUGAGUUGGGGCCUGAAUUUAAGAAGGUUGGCAACUUCUUGAGUCGAUUCAAGUCAAUCCCUAGUAUCAUUGAGCUGGAUAGUCUUAAGGUAGCUGGUGAUGUAUGGUUUGGGUCUGGUGUUAUUCUCAAGGGGAAGGUGACUAUUGAAGCUAAGGCUGGGGUGAAAUUGGAAAUACCCAAUGGAGCUGUAGUUGCAAACAAGGUGAUCAAUGGUCCUCAGGACAUCUAAGGAAACUGUUUGUCUUAAAUUUGUCUUGGAGAGUGUACACAUCUAAAAACACUGUAACGGGUCCUAUUUUGAUCGUGCGAUGCACAUUAAGUAUUUGAUAGAAUAAGAGGACCAUUUUGUUUGCAAUGACACUCUUAUUUGAAAUAUUGCAAGUUUUAAUGGCAAUCUUUUUGCUGACUGGGAAA